GGAUAGGACGCUGCAUAUUAUUAGGGGAAGGGAAGGGUAAAACUGUGUGCAGAUGCUGAACUGGGCAUUACAGAUGUGAUGUCAGAAUUUUGUUAAGUAAAACACAAACAAGAGAGGAACAAGAGACUGUAAAGAAUAGAAAAGAAACAGAAUACAGGUGAACUUGGACAACUAGAGUGAAGAUAUGGAGAUAGGGUGCAGACUUCUCCUCGGUCAGCUGGUUCUUCUGCACAGUUCAGUUGUUUACCUAUACUCAGUACCUGCAAGCCAGCAGAACCCAGAUAGUGUGGUGGUAUCUGUGUCUAACAUCAGCGCCACAAUCGGGGAACAGGCUUUGUUACUAUGCCAGAGUUACAGAAUGAUGUGGACACAGGACAGCUUGAUGGACAGGCAGAGAGUGAUGCACUGGGACCUAUACAGUAGUCAGGGACAGUACCGAGGAGAACGUCUUCUGGACAUGUUCUCUGCUGGAGAGCAACGCAUCUACAGUGACUACAACAGAGGGCGUAUACUGGUCUCAGAGACUGCUUUUAAAGAUGGCAACUUCUCUCUUGUAAUCAAAGAUGUUUCCACGAGUGAUCAAGGAGUGUAUUCCUGCAAUCUCCAUCAUCAUUACUGUCACCUUGAUGAGGCAACACGAGUUCAACUGAACAUCACCAAGUCGGAGAGAAAGGUGAAGAUCUACUGGGAUGGAGUGAAGGUUGUUAUGGUGGCAUUAGCAGGUUCAACAGUAGUGUUGCCCUGUGAAAACAGGAAUCACAUUUGGACUGACCGCCAUCGGGAAGAGGACCAGCAGGUAGUACACUGGGAUCGCCAAGCUCCAGGCAUUCCCCACGACAGAGCUGAUCGACUUAUUGACAUGUAUGCAUCAGGUGAACGGAGAUCAUAUGGACCACUGUUUAUCAGACAGAAGAUGAAUGUAACUGAUUCAGCCUUCGCUCAGGGAGACUUCUCUCUUCUUAUUUCGGAUCUUUCAAAAGGGGACGAGGGAACCUAUUCAUGUCACCUUCAUCAUCAUUACUGUGGGCUGCAUGAGCGCAGGAUCUUCCACUUGACAAUCUCUGAUCCUCCAAAGAAGGAAGAGCCUAUAACCAAAACAACUCAGGACUCUGCUCCAGCUAUAGAUUCCACCAUUGUCCGGGAAAGCAAAGUUUUCAAUUUUAUAAUCCCAGAAAGUCGGGUUCAUUUCUUCCAGCAGCUUGGAUACAUCUUGGCAACGCUAUUGCUGUUUAUUCUUCUGCUCACAGCUGUGAUUCUCAUCACUCGCAAGCAUCGGAGAAGAGACUAUGCCUAUAGCUUGAAUAAAUCCCAUGGGAAAGAAGUAAAUAUGAAGGAGUUAUGCCCAAGGCCCCCUGAUCUUGUCCAAUACAAAAAUAAGGAUCUACGAAUAGAUUAUAAAAAUAACAUACUGAAGGAGCGAGCCGUGAUGGACAGAUCUUUUACACCAAAGAACAUCGACCUAGACCUAGAACUUCGGAAGGAAUACUGUAAAUAAGAAAUGGUUUAUUACUGCUGCUGGCUGGCCCAGGAGCUGAAAUAUUCUUUACGAAGAGGAACUAAAUAAUUCUUCAGCAUCAUUUUCAUUUUAAGCUGCCUAUUACUUAUAUUGAGAUGUUCUCCGUUUGCUUCUCAACCUAUCAAGGACCCUUAAAUCUGUUAUCAAAAGGACGUAGAAUGACAUUUAUUACCUUGCUAACUUGUGUGGUUACUCCCUUUUGAUCUCCAUGUUGUAUUUUUUCAAGUAAGGUACAAUAAAUGAUUUGUAAGACUAUAAAUAAACUAGGUACCAUUUAAAAAAAACGUAUAA